UAGAAAAAUCUUCCGAAUACUAGAAUCAUCAACAAAUCCUAUAAAAUUCCAUUCCAGGUUCUUUCAACACCCUAAUUAGCAAAGCAUAGAAAAUCCGAGUAGCUCUCGUAGUUUUCCCAACAACCAAAGUUUUCUACUAAUUCCUUUUUUCAUUACUGAAAAUGUCUCUGAUUCCAAGCUUCUUUGGCAACCGACGCAGCAACGUCUUUGAUCCUUUUUCUCUGGACAUUUGGGAUCCUUUCAAGGACUUCCCUUUUUCUUCUUCACUUACCACACGUUUCCCUGAAACCUCAGGUUUUGUCAACGCUCGAAUCGACUGGAAGGAAACCCCAGAAGCUCACGUGUUCAAGGCAGAUGUUCCAGGGCUAAAGAAAGAAGAAGUGAAAGUGGAAGUUGAAGAUGACAGGGUGCUUCAGAUAAGCGGAGAGAGUAACAUAGAGAAAGAAGACAAGAACGACACUUGGCAUCGCGUGGAACGUAGCAGUGGCAAGUUCAUGAGGAGAUUCAGAUUGCCUGAGAACGCCAAGCCGGAUCAGAUCAAGGCUUCCAUGGAAAAUGGGGUUCUUACUGUGACUGUUCCGAAAUUGGAAGUGAAAAAGCCUGAUGUCAAGGCGAUUGAGAUUUCUGGGUAAAAAAUCGAAGUUGAGUUUUUAAGCCGUCUUGUCUCCGGUGACAGAUUACUCAAAAUAACCACUUCAAUAAAAAAGAUGCUUGUGAGUCAGGAAGUGAGUGUCUUUAUCUCUGUCAGAUGAGGUUUUGUUAUGACUGUGGGAGAUUAAAUAAGUAAUACUACUACUAUUACUGCUGCUAUAUUCUUGUAUAUAGUUUGUUUGCUUUUGAACUUUCCUAUGUAGAAAAUAAAACCACUCUUGUUAAUACAUGAGUUCACUCUUCUUCCCUGUUUAUGAAUUGGUUGGAUCUUUAUAAAUUUGACUUGGUUCUAGUUUCAUCUA